AUGAUACAAACUCAGUCCUUUGUCUUUCUCAAGGACCGCUCGCUCAUGUCCACAUCGCUUCAACAACACGAGCAUCGCUUUCGAUGUCAUUACAUGCAGCUUACGCACGUCCAACGACCUCCAGCCACAGUUGAGACACUCGGUCAUGCAGCUGCCAUAAAGAGAACUCGAUGUGGUUCCCGAGGUGACCAGAUAGACGUGUUGCUAAGGGGUCGUAAGCGAUUACGACCACGGACGCUCUUCUGCCUGUCCUCAGUUCUCCCUAUCCACGCGGGAAUGCUGGCCAACGCCAACCACCAAAUCGCCAGCAAAUUUUCCGCAGAAGAACCCAGCAACGCACUCCAGCAACAGCCUCAGCAGGCACAAGCUUCGAAGACGAGGAUGCCACUAACAGACGUGGCAUCUAGCUCCCUUACCACGCGUGGAUACCGCGAGACAACUGGCUGUCAAUGA